GGUCGGGCUUCAGAAUUUCCAGGAGCUGCUGGACCGCAUCAGCAUCACAGGGACCAGCCAUUCCCUCGUGCGCAAAAAGCGACACUCUUCCCUUCACAUUGCUCGCGCCCAGCGCUCUGAAUCGGAUUCCAUCGCCAUGGCGCCUCUCAUCCUGCACAACGUCCCCGACGACGAACUGUACAUUGGCGAAGAUGGCAUCAAGCGUCCAUAUGCGAUGAUCUUCAACCACAGCACGCGUGCUCGACGCGCCGUCGCGGAAAAGGGCUCCUUUGGCAAGUCGACUCGCCGCUCGCGAUCUCGGACAGGCACCCCCGGCGCUCGUGGCGUCCCUCAGAACCCAACAGCAGCCGCAGCGGAUAAGCUCUUUGGCGAGUGGGUGAUGAACAAGCAGUCCCGCGCCAACGAAGAGCAGUCCAGCAACCAGACACAACAAGAUGACCCGGCCUCGUCGCAGCAACAGCAGCUGCAGCAGGCCUCCGUGACCGAGAAGCGAAACCAGCCGACAGAAGUGAUCCUGCGCGGGUACAGGGCGACAGUGCAACAAUAUGCCUCCAUCGCACACUACGAGUCCCUAGCCGGGCCGAUCCUAGAGGACUACCCCCGCGAACCACCCUCAAACCAACGGCGGUACAAAUCCCAGCUGCGCGAUGCGGCGUACACCCGACGACGCGCCCUGACGCACGAGGAGCACGCCAAGGUCAGCAAGGCCGCCAGCGGGGAGCACUGGGUCAAGAUCACGUUUGAAAGCGCCGAGGCGGCGGAGACGGCCUUUUACGCCAGUCCGCAGCGCGUCUUGGGCCACCUGGUCUACGCCGAGCCGUACCGCCAGGCGCCCCCCGCUAGGGACGAGGCGUGCCCUGAUCUCGAUGCGACAAUGGAGGAGCAGCACUUUGGGAGGUCAAAGAGCGUCCCCGCUGCCAUCGGCUCCAUGGGCCGGCCCAGCGGACCGACGUCCUGGAACAGUCGUCUCUUGGAGGUGCAGAGGGAAGCGUCAGGCUCACAGAUCUCCAGCCAAACGGUAGAUACUGGCACCGUCUCUAGUGGAACGGUGGAUCAGCCGGUUGCUGCUCCUGGCUUCGCUGUCGCGACGACGGCAACGAGUGUCGAACCCCUCGAGAUGGAAGACGAGAUUUUCUGCCGAAAGAUCCCCACGGCGCGCAAGGCUAAGAUCCUGCCCGCCGACCAGGCCCUACGCCCGCAGCAGUCCUUUGUCCAGCGAUUCGUCGCUGCGAUCCCCCUUCUUAGUUGGUUCGGAGGCAGCAUCAUCGGCAGCGAGGUCCCGCGCACGGAGACGGGCGAGUUUGACUGGAACAGGGCCAGUCUUUACUGGAAGGUGGUGUGGUGGCUGGACGUCACGUUUGGUCUUUUCAAGGGCGAUGUCAGCAGCAUCGACAAGGACGACUAAUGGCACUACGAUCGGAACGGGAGCAUUGCGUUGGCGUUUUGGUUGUCGCCCUACGACGGGUAUGGUAUAGAUCUUUGGUGUGGUCUUGGGACCCUGCAUAUGUAUA